AUGGGAAAUUCGUUAUCAUACAAAAGAUCAUUUAGAAGAAGAAAAGAUAGAAAUAAUAGUACUUUGUCCGUCAAUGAUUGUUCUGAUAGUUCGUCAUUAAAAUCGCAUCAAAGCUGCAACGAUAAUAAAUUUGCAACGCCUGUAAAGAUAUUGGAUGGAAGACCAUACUUUAGUGAAGAGACUUAUUUGUAUCCGGUCGAUUGGGAAGAGGCGGAUAGAAUUCAGCUGCAACAUUUUAGGCUCAAAGUAACAAUCGGUGGAAAUUACACGGCUCCACUUCCAAAGAUUAUUAAACCCGGAAGUAAAAUUCUGGAUAUUGCUUGUGGCGCUGGUCAUUGGAGUUUUGAGAUAGCUCAAGAAUUUCCACAGGCAGAAAUCUACGGUGUAGACAUUAUGCCACAAUUUCCUACCGAAAUAAAACCUUCUAAUUGCCAUUUUAUGGAAUGCAAUAUAAAAGAUGGUCUUCCAUUUGAAGAUAAUGAAUUUGAUUAUGUAUUUAUGAGAUAUUUACAUUUGGUUAUGAAAGAAGAUCAAUGGGUCCCAUUGUUAAACGAUAUCAGACGAGUUCUGAAACCCGGUGGUAUUGUUGAGAGUGUUGAAUUAGAUGCAUGUCGUAA